AUGAUGGCAUCCUUUGUACUGAAUUCAGCUGUAGCUGUUGGACACUGUGUUCAGAAAUCGGCAACUUUAUUGUUGCAGAAGAAUGUUCCAGUGAUCUUCCUGGCAUCACGAUUUGAGAGCAGCUUGCCACCUCUGACAACAAAGCAGCUUAGUGAGAACAUUCAGCUGAGAACAGUACAAGAAACAGCCCACUAUCCCAGGCCCCUUGUCCUCCUGUUUGGUUGGAUGUUGGCCAAACAGCGCCAUCUGGACAAGUAUUGCAACAUGUACCAUAGCAAUGGAUUUGAUGUUCUCAGCUUAAAGAUGAAACCUGCCCAAGUGCUGAUCCCCCAGAGAGCCCAGAACACUGUGGAGCAGCUUCUGUCAGUCCUGCAAGAACCAGGUUUAACAAAACGCCCCCUGAUGGUCCAUGGUUUCUCAGUUGGAGGUUACAUGUACGGGGAGCUUCUCCUAAAACUUGACCAGCAAAGGGAGAAGUACCAGUGUAUCCGGGACCAGCUUACCUGCCAGGUGUUUGACAGCCCUGUGGAUUUUGAAGGAGUUGCCCCGGGGUUUGCUUCCGUGCUUGUGGACAAUAAGUUGGCUCAAAAGGUCAUCAGGAAGUCACUUGAAGUUUAUUUGAAUACCUUCAAGACAACCAUCACCAGCCAUUAUCUCAGAUCUUCAGCAGCCUUCCACAAAAAUGAGUUGCGUCUGCCAUCCUUGCUAUUGUACUCACGUUCUGAUCCUAUUGGUGUAGAUACCAAGAUUGAGCAGGUCAUGAAGAAGUGGAAAGCCGCUGGGGUACCUGUGAUGGCCCGCUGCUGGGAGAGUUCACCCCAUGUCAGUCAUUUUCAUCGACAUCCCGAUGAGUAUGUUGAGGCCGUACUGAAAUUCUUAGACUCUGUGGGACUAACAAAACAAGAAGCUGCAAAGAAAGUUCUUCGCAGUAAAGUUCAGAAGUCCCAGGAAGCACAGCAGGCGUUGUGA